AUUAGAUGCUAAUAUUUAACACUUGUAUUUAGGAAAUCUAAGUAAGCCUUAAAACAUUUCAGCUAGAAUUUUAUUAAAUUUGUUAGCUUUAUUAUAAGAUUCUUGUAAACAUUAAUAAAAUAUUUAUAUUCUUGCUUCUUUUUCAUCUGCUUUGACAAAUAGCUGAUAUAUUUGGCAAUUAAAAAAAUUAAAAAUAACUUUACUAGAUUAACAACAAGCCCAGGGACUGGAAAGAUGGCUCAGUGAUUAUGACCCUUGACUGCUCUUCUGGAGGACUGAGUUCAGCUCCUAGCAUCCACAUGUGUAGUGAGAGGCUUUUCUGUGUCCCGCCCUGUCCUACAGCAGGCUUCCAAAUAAUCACUCAGAGGCGUAUAUUAAUUGCAAAUGCUUGACCAUUAUCUCAGGCUUAUUACUAACUAGCUCUGCACUUAAAGAUUUAUUUAUUUAUUUAUUAUGUAUAUAGCAUGUAUACCUGCACACCAGAAGAGGGCACCAGAUCACCAGAUCUCAUUACAGAUGGUUGUGAGCCACCAUGUGGUUGCUGGGAAUUGAACUCAGGACCUCUGGAAGAGCAGUCAGUGCUCUUCUUAACCUCUCCAUCCCCCCCAUAGCUCUACACUUAAAAUUAACCCAUAAUUCUUUUUUUUUUUUAAGAUUUAUUUAUUUUAUGUAUGAGUGCUCUAUUGACUUUAUGCCAGAAGAGGAUAUCAGAUCCCACUAUAGAUGGUUGUGAGCCACCAUGUGGGUGCUGGGAAUUGAACCCGGGUCCUCUGGAAGAGCAGUCAGUGCUCUUAACCACUGAGCUAUCUCUCCAGCCCCAAAAUUAACCCAUAAUUCUUACCUAUGUUUAGCCACAUGGCCAGGUACCUUUUCUCAGUGCCGCAUUCUCAUCUUGCUUCCUUUGUGUCUGGCUGGAGAUUCCUGACUCUGCCCUUCUUCUUCCCAGAAUUCUCCUGGUCUGGUUGUGGUUGCUCCACUUACACUUCCUGCUGGGCUACUGCCCAAUCAAUGUUUUGUUUUGUUUUUUUUCCCUGAGACAGGGUUUCUCUGUGUAGCUUUGUGCCUUUCCUGGAACUCACUCUGUAGUCCAGGCUGGCCUUGAACUCACAGAGAUCCGCUUGGCGCUGCCUCCCUAGUGCUGGGAUUAAAGGCAUGCGCCACCACCUCCCAGCCCAAUCAAUGUUUUAUUAAGCCAAUUCAAGUGACAAAUCUUUAUAGUGUACAAGAACAUUAUUCCACAGCACACAUGGAGGUUCACAACUGUCUUUAACUCUAGUUUUAGGGGAUCUGAUGCCCUCUUUGGCCUCCAUAGGUACUGCAUGCUUUUGGUGCAUAGACAUGCAUACAGACAAAGCACCCAUUGUCUUAGGGGUUUCUAUUGCUGUGAAGAGACACCAUGACCAGGGCAACUCUUAGAAAGGAAAAUAUUUAAUUGGGGCUGGCUUACAAUUCAGAGGUUUAGUUCAUUAUCAUCAUGGCAGGAAGCAUGGUGGCAUAAGGCAGACAUGGUGCUGGAGAGGUAGCUGAGAGUUCUACAUCUGGAUACAUAAGCAGCAAGAAGAGACAAUGAGCCACUAGGUCUGGCUUGAGCUUCUGAGACCUCAAAGCCCACCCCCUAGUGACACUUCCUCCAAUAAGGCCACACCUACUCCAGCAAGGCCACAUCUCUUCAUAGUGCCACUUCCAUUGGCCUAUGGGGGUCAUUGUCUUUCAAACCACCACACCUGUGUACUUCUUUUUUUAAAGCAAGCACAAGAAAAAACUUGGCAAUUUGAGAAUGAAUCAACUUUUAGACAUUGAUUUAGGCUUAAAUACUUACUAUAACUGUGUACUACUACUAAUUUAAACCAAGUAUUUACUAAAUGUUGGGCACUGUGCUAGACAUAAGCCUUUUUGCUCAUACUCUUUCUUGUGUAUAAAAUGGUACUAUAUUGUACAAUAACACAUAUAUGAGUUGUAAUUAUUGUCAAUACAUAAUCCUAAAAUUGCUUAGCAGAAAUGUUUCUGUGAGUUUUAACUUCUUUAUUUCUUCCUUCUGUUAAUUUUUUACCUAAAAAGUGAAAAUGAGGGCAUAUGGGUGAAGACAGAGAAAGGGCUGAUUAUGUGUAUUGGCUUAGUUAGGGUUUCUAUUGCUGUGAUUAAACACCAAGACCAAAAGCAACUUGGGAACGAAAGUGUUUAUUUCAUCUUACAGUAGUAGUCUUAUGCUGUAGUCUAGCAUAAUGGGAAGUCAGGGCAGGAACUUGAAGCAGAAGCUGAAGCAGAGGUCGUGGAAGGGUGCUGCUUCCUGCUCAGCCUGUUUUCUUAGACUGUCCAGGACCAUCUCCCAAGGGUGGCACUGCCCCCAGCAAACUGGGUCCUCCUCACAUGUCAAUCACUGAUCAAGAAAAUGACCCACAACUUACCUGCAGGCCAGUCUAUGAAGACAGUUUCUCAGUAAAGAUUCCCAUUUCCCAGCUAAAUGAAGUAAGUGAAGAAAACAGGAAGAUGGAGAUCCAGGCCAAAAGAGUUCAAGCUCGUUUAGAUAACCUACAGAGGAAGUAUGAGUUCUUGACAGUACAGAAGCUGAAAGGAGAUUCCCAUGCUGCUCCUGAAAUGAAAAAUUUAAAACAAGAAAAAGUACCGGUUUCAAAACCUUUCAAGACAGCACUCAAUGGACAAUUAUAUGAACUGUUAAUUGUUUUCAUGGACUGGAUCUCAGACCACCAUCUUAACAAAGUGGAGCCUGAAGAACCUAGUGUGAAUGGUGAAAAACCAUCACUCAAACCUUCCCAGAGAAGUGACAUUCAAGAGAAGUGUGUGAAGCUUCUGCCUCUGAUGACAGAGCAGCUCCAGUGGAUGCCAUUUGUGAACACCAAACUGCACGAGCCAUUUAUAAAGUUUAUUUAUUGGUCUAUAAGGCAGCUGGAUGCUGGAACACAGCAUUCAACUAUGACCUCAACACUGAGGAGACUGGGUGAAGACAUAUUUAAAGGAGUGGCAAUUAAAGGAAUUCAGGAUAAUUCUUCAGAGCAUUCUGUAGAGAACAAACCAAAGACAGCAGUAUUCUUCAGGAGCUCCAGUUUGCCGCUGAGAUUUUUAUCAACCUUGAUUGUCCUUAAAACAGUCACUCAAGCUGACUACCUAGCUCAAGCAUUUGAUUCCCUUUGUUUGGACUUGAAGACAGAUGAAGGAAAAGCCUUAUUUUUGGAGUACCAAGCUGUUCCAGUAAUACUGAGACACCUGAGGAUUUCCAGCAAAGGGCUCUUAUCCAACGUCAUUGAUAGUCUGCUUCAGAUGACAGUAGAAUCACCCUCCUUGCAGCCUUUCCUGGAAGCCUGUAGCAACUCUUUGUUUUUCCGGACUUGUUCUGUGCUGCUCCGAACCCCUAAACUUGAUCUUCAUAUCCUAGAAAAGCUCAGUAUUAUCCUACAGAAGCUCUCCAAAAUCAAGGGUAAUAAGAAGCUCUUUGAAGUUUUUACCAUUCACCUGAUGCUUCAGGAAAUACAAAGGACAACACAUCCAGAGCACGCCUUUCUCUGCAUUAACCUAAACUCAACUCUGUUCAAUCUGGGUUUGACAAAAUGUAACUCCCUGGUCUCCAGUACAAGCCAUUAGAAAAGUGUGUGUGUGUGUGUGUGUGUGUGUGUGUGUGUGUGUGUGUGUGUGUGUGUAUGUGUGUGUGAUCUGUGUAUGUAUAUAUCUGUUCCUUAUCUGUAAAAGUGUAAAAAUCACCAAAGUAAGAUUCUACAGAGUAAAGUUAUCAGCAGCAUCAUUUAUCAUGAAAGAUAGCCAGAAAAAAUUUCAGCUAUGUAAAUGAGAGCAUAGAAGGUAUGGAUGUUUUAGAAUGUUUCAGUUAAGGUAAUAGUAAUGUACAAGGUGGCAUUUCCAGAACUUAAGGCAUUGGGGUUACUUUUUAUAAAAAUAUUUUAGGAGAAAUCUUUCUUGAAAUUAUGUGAUUAUUUGGAAUAUAAUUUGUUCUUAUGUGGAAAUAAACUAUGCUAUUAUUUUUGCCCCUUAA